AAUAAUGGUACAUGUGCAACAGUACAUGUAGCAUCUGUUGGUGAGUUGUGUAUAUCUCACCCCUAUCGGAUAUUUUACGACUGUUUUAAUAUAUUCAAAUUCAGCAGAUAUAGACCGAGGGAAGAUAUUGGGAUAAUGGACUUGACACAAUUUGCCAUCAGCUGACUUCAAAUCAGGAUGCUGCUAAGGGAGUAUAAGAGGAUCGUUGGAGUCUUGUAGACUGAGAUCGUCCAAUGACGUCCAUUGUAAAGACCUGCCUCGUUCUCGUGUGUUGUGUACUGGCUUUCAACGGAUGCGUAAGUAAUCCUCUGCCUGAUAGGAACCAGCCUAACGCACAAGGAUCAGGGGAAUUGGAGCAUCAUCAAAUACAACGCCAAGAAAACGAAGAUGCCGCACCGCCUUUGAACAACAAUGCCCCAAACAACACCCAGUACGGAGAAGGCAACACCAAUGUUCAACAGGGACUUGGAUUGCCAAGCUUUCGGAACGGAGAAAUAUUUUUGAAUAGAAGUUCAUCAAUACAAGAAAGAAGUGAAGGGAAUCUCCAAAGAAAUAAAACAAGUGAACACAAUGAAUUAUCGAGUGAACAGAAUCCAGACCAAGCAGCGCAGGCAUCUUCUUUGGAACGUAAUGUUACAGCAGAUUCAUCAAGAAAUGAUCAUAUCGUAGAUCAUCUUAACGUUAUUUCAAUCCAUCGGAACAACAGCGAGUCGGGUUUACAAGCAGACAGGUUCAGCCAUGAUGGGCAAGCUAGUCAUCGAGACCAAUCAUCCAAUGUGAACUUCGGGCCCAGUGGAAACCAGGAGGAACAUCUUUCCGUCGUUAAACGGACAGUUUUGCCUGCUCUUUUCCCCGAAACACAAAAUGGAUCGCUUCCAACUCAUUCUUCUGUAAGCUCUGAAAGUGGCGAGAUAUCUCAGUCUGAAAUCAUCCACGAAAAUGAUACUAAUCUUCAAGGAAAUAGAGAACAUGAGACCAGAGUAAUGGAAAAUGAAACGACGAUAACGGUCAUCACACUUAAAACAACUGUAAGCCCCGAAACACUGAAUUCCAACCUGUUGCUACCAGAUACACAUCCUGAUUCUGUUAACAUAAUUGAGCCGGGAGUUGACACAGAAGGUAAUGUUACCGAAAACAGGCAAGCCAAUGAGACUUCCAUUGCAAACAAACAAGAUGGAACAGCUUUGCCGACAGAAAGUGUACCUUUAGUUACCAUUCCUAUCCCACCGCCAGAAAACCAAGCAACGGAGAUUCCUCAACCCAACAAUAGGGGAGAAGAGAAUUUACACUCAAUCAAUUCAACAACAAGAGAGCCACUGCCAACAAAGGAAAACAAAUAUCGGACUAAAGAUGGCAUCCCAGAGAUGACACUGCCGAUUAAAGACCCCGAUCAACCAGAAAUAGCGACAGAACAUAAUACUUUUCCUCAGAUCUCUUCUACUGAACCGGUUACAUUUCUUCCGAGCUCGACCAGUGAAGGAUACAUUACAGAAAAAUCAACGACUCGCGGUCUUCCAGAAGAAGUUGCAUCAACAACCGUUUCUUCGAUGAAGCCAACAACACAGUUUACCCCAAGAUUACCAACUGAACAAAUUAUUAUCGAACGAACAACAUUUUCAACACAUCCACAGGAACAGCUUCCUACAGAGAAGAUUUUUUCAGUGAAUUCAUUCUCAAGCAGUGGAAUUUCUUACACCAGUACCACUCCAUCCAACGAAGAAGCUAGAGAAACUCCAACUCAAUUUCCUCCAAGCGAAAGAGUACCAGAAGUCCCUAUCAGAUAUCCUACAGAACAAAUUAAUCCUGAACCAACUGAACCAAUCAUACUAACAAGUACACGUGCUGUUGUCGUGACAGAAGCUGGAUCGGGAGACGGUCGGAGAACAACAUUUCCAGAUGAAAAUGUUCCACAUGUAACUUUACGUAUUCCUACAGAACCGAUGGAGAUUCCUUCGACUACAGUCUUACCAGAUACGACGUCAAUUAACCUUAACGGCAAGAGAAGUUCUGCACCUUAUGCCGAAGUGACUGAAAAAAUUGCUGGCAAAACAGACAAGGGAAGUCAUGUAUUAGCCACAGAAUCAACAACAAUCGGGAGAAAUUCAACGACCUUAAUCCCAACUACAGUAACUACAAAAGACAGACCUGGGCCUGUACAAAUUACUACUACUACCACCACCACUACUACCACUGCUACAACUACUUUUACUUCUACUUCUACCACUUCUGCUGAGAUGGUCCAAAGAAGUUCCUAUUCAACAAUACAAAGUACUUUUCCACAAAUCGAAAUACACAAUACUACUGAACCAAGUAUUCAGUUGACAACUAGACCGCCAAAAACUAAACAUCCGUUAGCUAGUAGUCGUCUUCCUUCCAACAACAUGACCACAACUACGUUAUCUAGGCCAGAUACUCCCCCGACAAGAGCAACGGGCAUCAAUACACGUUAUAACCCAACCGUGACAUUCAAUACAACGUCACAAUUGUUGACACACCCUUCGACACAACAUCCAUCAACAUCAAAGCCGAUCGAAAGAACGAAUGUAACCUUUGAGCAAACUCAUCCUGCAUCGAAAGAUAAUAGUACAGUGGCUUCAAUUUCACCUACAACAUCCAAUUAUCCAACGACUCCCCUUGACACUUCUAAUAAACAUAAUUACACAACAACAAGAACUCCACAAAAUACAAGCACUUCAGCUUCGCGCCUCACUCCCUCUCUCGUAGGAACCACUACUUCAUCGUCAAUCAUUCCCUCUUUGUCAGUCCACAAUGCAACCUCCAGGUGGCCAAAUUCAACAUCUCGAUCUACAACUAAGAAACAAAGGACAAACGCACCAACGACGAAGAAACCGACAGAGAUGCCACACAAACCGACGGAGAAGCCCGAGGAUGUCGCUACUACCCCAGCAAUAGUCCCACCGGCGUAUAUCAGCAUGCAGUUUCAAAUGACACUAAACGAGUACUGCUCAGGAAAAUCAACAUUAACAAAAGUUUUAACUGAUAUUGUAAAGAGAAAGACGGAUAAGACCUUUAAUGAGACUCAGAUAAAGUUCAUCAACCAGCUGUGUUACGAUGAAAGAGUUUUUGAUCCCAAAUAUAUUAAUGAUACAAAGUCGACAAUUGUGACGGUUGAUAUAUACAUGACUGAUAAAAAAGGCCAGAUCGACAUACAACUGACGGUAGAUUCCUCCCAUGUCCUUAGAAGAGGCUUUUUAACCUCUCAAUCACGUUAUGGCCAAAAGCUUGUGAAUGUCCAUCUCAUCACUUCAUAUGUAAAUAAUAACCAGAAAGACUACCAAGAGACAGGGCUGAGCUCUGGUAUGACAAUAGCUGUCAUCAUCGUUAUAAUCGGAGGCGUUUGUUGUAUUUGUCUGAUUGUUAUUCAGAUCUUGAUGCAUAAGCGGCACGAGAAGGGGUCUAGAAACAUUUUGCCUGGCCCCAACCGCUUUUCACUUAGAAGCUUGGACUCUAUUGCUCUGAAUGCUGUUCCUAAAUCAAGACCACACAGCGGCUUCUGGAACCCUGGUUUGGACCGUAGUGAGGAGAACAUAUCUUCCUCUCCGACCAAUCCUCUCGGAUUCAACAGCCUGUCCAACAUGACACGGGAUAUGGUUGAAAUAUAUAAAGAAUAUGAGAAACUGCCACAUGAAACACCGAAUCUUUCAUGUGUACCCAUUGGAGCAGAGGACAAAAACAGAUUCGCCAACGUCAUUCCAAUAUCACAUUCCCGUGUCAAACUGAAGAAACUACCCCAUGAAGAACAUUCCGACUACAUCAAUGCCAACUUUAUAACGGGAUACAACGGGGACGUCCACGCGUACAUCGCCACCCAGGCCCCUCUGUCCAACACCAUUGGUGACUUCUGGAGGAUGGUUUGGGAACAGCAGUCACGUGUCAUCAUCAUGUUGAUGGCGGUCAAUGAAGCCUCUCAGCCACGUGACCCGUCUUAUGUCCCAGACACUGAGGGCGUCAAUGGUCGAGUGCGCUAUGGUGACAUAGUCUUGGUUCUGAAGAAGAAAGAAGUUAGACAGGAGUACAUAAUGUCAUUGCUGGAGGUCAAAGACAUAGAACACAACUUGGUGCGUGAGGUCCGACAUUUUUGGUUCACCAGCUGGUCUGUGGAUUCCAUUCCGGAGCCGAUAUCCGUGAUCAAGCUCAUCCUGGACACUCGGGUCCAUUACGAGGACAGUGGGGCGCCGGUUAUCGUUCACUGCAGCUCGGGCACCGGUAGAACUGGUUCCCUGAUAGCCAUCGACAUCUGUAUGCGGUCCUACGAGUCCAAGAGAGUGGUGGACAUCUUGAGCUGCGUGAGCAGCAUGCGUAAAGAGCGCGCGGGGGUGGUCCAAAACAAGGAGCAAUACGCCCUCAUUUAUAAGUUUUUAAAAUUUUCACCAGCAAGAAAAAUGUCAGUAAAUUAUUCGGAUGGAUUAUCUCCAUAUGAGCACAAAGGAAAAUGUGGCCAACCAGAAAAGUUUGACCCACAAGAUUUAGUGGCAGAGAAAGUAAAGAAGCUAGCUGAUUUUGUCAGGGCGAGUCGACACCUUGUGGUGCACACAGGAGCAGGCAUUAGUACAUCUGCGGGCAUACCAGACUUUAGAGGGCCAAAAGGAGUCUGGACUCUUGAACAAAAGGGUGAAAAACCAAAUGUUAGUGUAACCUUUGAUAAUGCACGACCAACACUGACCCAUAUGGCACUGGUUGCCUUAGAGAGAGCAGGAAUUGUCAAGUAUGUAAUCACACAGAAUGUGGAUGGUCUACACAGUCGAUCUGGUUUCCCUAGAAACCGACUAUCUGAGCUCCAUGGUAACAUGUUUGUUGAGGAGUGUGACAAAUGUGGAUCUCAGUUCAUAAACAGUUCUGCUCUAUCCACCAUGGGGCUGAAACCAACAGGAAACCCUUGCUUAUUCAUUAAAAGUGGAGACAGAAAAUGCAGAGGACGACUCAGGGACACAAUACUUGAUUGGGAAGAUUCACUACCUGAGAGAGACCUGGAACUAGCAGACAAACAUGCUAAGGAGGCUGACCUGAAUCUUACCCUGGGAACAUCUUUGCAAAUAGUUCCAAGCGGAAAUCUUCCACUAGCCGCUAGGAAAAAAGGGGGCAAGUUAGUCAUUGUGAAUCUUCAGCCCACCAAGCAUGACAGUAAAGCCACACUGAAGAUCCAUGCAUUUGUGGAUGAAGUGAUGUCAGCAUUGUGCAGUGAACUUGGUAUAGCUAUCCCAGAAUUCCAAAAGCCAAGUGCAUUGCUGGAAUCUGUGCACACUGUCAAAGAAAGGAAGUUGAAUGUUUUUGUGAAAGAUUUUGAACUCUCUCAGGAUUCAGGGGUUAAUGGUGUGAAAACUAAGCAUGAAAUUAAGAAGGAAGAGGAGGAAACAAAAUUAACUGAUCAGAAUUUAUCACAAGAAAAUGACAGGUGCCCUGUGAAGAUCAAAAGUUUAAAUGAACCCAAGGUACAUUCUGAAACGUGCGGCGUUUUACAAAAAGGUGAACAAAAUUCUUCAGAACAUUGCAAGAAUGAAGACCAGUGUGAACAAAAUUUGGUUGUUAAAUCUGAACAAGAGGACAAUGAAAGCAUCAAUGAACAAAUAAUUGGACAAUCAGAGGACCAAAAUAUUGAUCUCAAUGGAGAACCCUCACUUAAAAGAAAAAUGUUACCGCAUGUUUUUAAUGCUGAUCAAAUUCUUAACAGUGUAAAAGUAGCAAAGCUGACCUGAUUAUUAUUUUGUUCACAAUUCAAUUCGUAGAUAAAAUAAAUUCUUGUAUGUACAUUGUGUAAAUAUACAAGAAUAGCGCAACAGUAUGUACAUUGUCGUUUUGUGCUCUGUAAGUAACUAUACCUAUAGUGGUUAAACAUACAUGUACAUGUAUCUCACUUUGCUGAGGAAUAAAAAAUAUGAUUGUU